AUGAUAAGCUUCGUAAACGCACUCAUAUGGGGUGGCUCCGAAGAUGAAUUCGAAAUCGCCUGGAAUGGAGCCGUUUUCUGUGAUAUCGAGAUCAAGUUCAUCAUUGCCGCCUCAGCAGGAAUGAUGACAGCCACAGCAGCGAUUUCACGCAACCUGGCCAGAGUCAUGGAGCAAGUUGGUCCUGCACACAAGACCAAGGCCAUGCGGAGGGUCGAGUUGAUCCAGGAUUUACUCAUCUGUUUUGGGCCGCCGAUUUGGUUGAUGUCUGCCCAUUACAUCGUGCAACCCAAUCGAUAUUACAUCGUUCGUUACGUUGGAUGCCGCGUCAUUUAUCUUCUCCGCAGGUACCAGAGACAGUAUUCAGAGAAUGUCAAUAGCACUCUCUCCGACUCGACAAAGUCACGAUUCAUGCGUCUUUUCGUAAUCAGCACUUUCAUGGUUAGCAUCAAUUUUCCAAUCGUCCUCUAUAUCUUCUACCACAACCUACAGUAUCCAAUGGUGCCCUAUUCAUGGAAACUUGUACACAGCACAUUUGGGUGGGACUAUGUCCCUUAUGUAAAAGGCACAUCUAUCCAAUUUGAUCAUUGGAUCCCCGUUCUCGCUGGGAUCGUGUGCUUCAUCUUCUUUGGAACGGGGCGGGAGGCAUCACAAAUAUGCAAGGAAUGGUUCGAGUUUUUCGGGCUCGGGGCGCAGUUUACACUCCUGAAGAAAAUGGCGCCGAAGAAGGCUGAAGGUAGUUCUUCUAUGAGCAGUUGGAUUUCAGGGAAGAUGUUUUCUUCUGCCUCAUCGAGAGUCACAAACUCAACCACCGACAGCAACGCCUCGAGAAACCGCGAUUCUUUUAGUUAUCCUGAGAUGACCUCCGUUAUCACGGCUGAACCUACCCAUAUUGGGUCUACAGCCUCUGUUGGCAUCGUGAAGAGACACAACCAGGAAGGAAUAUGGGUUGAGAGGGGUUUAAAUGUGAUUAUUGAGGACGAUGGGAGGAUUUUUUGA